AUGGAUAAGAAGAGCAAUAGAUCUAAUCAACAGCGACAAAUUCGAAAAACAUCUCCCCAGAGCGUGACGAUGCGGAAGCAUUUGAUAGCAAAACGACGUUAUUCUCAGCAAUCAACAAAAAUUCUCUGUGCACAUCAUGACUCCUCGUUUCUUCUGUUUCAACAUGCUAAUACGACAACACGUUUAAAACAUCGAACGACGGCAUCGUUUCGGCCACUAGCAACUUCCACUCCCUACGAAGUUCCACCAACACAUUCAUUGAAUAACGAUUCUCCACAUGCCACUUUGCGACAAAGACAACAGCCUCUAUUAACACCUCCAGCCUUUUGCAGUACUCCGAAACAGACUCGUCGUCGAUCGUCCACAAUCAAACGUAAAUUACCCAUUGUUAUAUCACAGCGACGCUUGCAGUUUACUACACAUUCGCAAUCAACGGAUGAAAGUAAACGCUUGAUAAUAAACAAUGUCAAGAUUUGGCUUUUGUAA